AUGGGGAUUCUAUCAGAGGCAGAGCGCCACUUACAGGGCAACAUUUGGCCAGCCAUUCUUGUGACAAUCUUUCUCUUCUCAAUCAAAUAUAUUUUCAUUGCCUUGAAACCAGGUCUGAGGUCUCUCCCAGGACCAAAUAUCGCUAGGUUCACCCCUUUUUAUCGCGCAUGGAAAAUCUCCAAAGGAGACGCCCCGAUAUUUUACCGGAGCCUGCACGAAGAAUAUGGUCCGAUUGUCCGUACUGGACCGAACACUGUCGACAUCUCUGAUCCUAACACACUUCCCAUUAUAUACGGAAUAGGAAGCAAGUUCUUAAAGUCCGCAUUCUAUGAUGUCUUCAGCCCUUUCUUCGAGGACAAAGUAAUGCCUAGUUUGUUCACAGUGCGUGACCCAGUCGCCCAUCAGGCAUUACGGAGACCAGUUGCUCAGAAAUUCUCUAUGUCAUCUAUCAAAUCGCUUGAGCCGUUCGCGGAUGAAUGUACCAGGAUCUUCAUCGAUGCAAUGAGAGACUUGGAAGGGCAGCCGAUUGACCUGGGUGCCUGGCUCCAGUGGUAUGCGUUCGAUGUUAUCGGAGCAAUUACAUUUCAACGCCGUUUUGGCUUCAUGGAAAAGCGGGAGGAUGUACAGGGUAUGAUUGGUGGGCUGGAGGCUGGACUACGCUAUGGAGGGGUUGCUGGCCAGAUUCCCUGGCUUCAUUCUUGGACGCUUGGGGAUCCUUGGGUUGGCAAAUUCUUGGCUGCUCAGCCAUUUCAUAUUGUUCCUAAUCCUCUUCGAACUAUGGUCCAGGCGAGUGCCCCUUUACUUUAUGAAGGUCAUAAGUCUAACCUUAUUCAGAUCACUCAAGACUGCAUUGAUGACUACGAUCGACAAUCCGCGCAGCAGCAUAAUGAUCGGCCAGACUUCCUGGCAUGGCUCAGAAGUGAAGAGAUAAAGGGAAAACCGAUGUCUAACCGCGAUAUCAUGAACCAUCUUAGCAAUAACUUGCUCGCCGGAAGCGAUACGACGGCAAUCUCCCUUCGUGCUAUUAUCUACUUCCUCGUCCAAAACGAACCAGUCUAUCAAAAGCUACAAAAAGAGAUAGAUCAAGCUGAUGCGACAGGACGACUAUCCGAUUAUAUCACUUACGCUGAAUGCCUGGAGCUCCCCUAUUUACAAGUGGUGAUGAAAGAAGCAAUGCGAUGUCAUCCCGGAGUAUCAUUCCCCCUCGAACGUAUGAUUCCCGAAGGUGGAGCUGUACUCUGUGGAGUCCAUCUAGAGGCGGGAACCAUUGUCGGAAUCAACCCAGCUGUUAUUCACCAUGACAAGUCUAUUUUUGGAGACGAUGCGGCAGACUUUCGACCUGAAAGGUGGCUGGAGUCUAGUGAAGAGGACGUGAAACGUAUGGACCGGCAUCUCAUGACGUUUGGAUAUGGGUCUCGCACAUGCAUUGGAAAGAACAUUUCUAUAAUGGAGAUGGGGAAAUUGAUUCCACAGCUUAUUCGCCAUUUCGAAAUCGAAUGGGCAUCUGAACAUCCUGAAUGGAAAGUUGAGACAUUCUGGUUUGCAAAGCAGCAUGGGUUAAAGUGUCGAUUUAGGUCUCGCACAUCAAAGCAUGAUUAG